AUGGAUAAGCUCCAGGAACUAAGUCUCGUGUCAAAAGUGUGUCAGGCAUUGGAAAAUCAUUUGGGUAUGAGUGAUAAGACAUUAGCUGAGUUUAUUAUUGAUUUAAUACGUACGAGUUCAAGUUCGACUGCUUUUCUAGCAUCAAUUAAAGAGGAUGAACUACCACUGCCAAUUCCAUUAGCUGAGAAUCUUUAUCGGAUUGUAGAGACAAUGGCACCGCAACGGAUGAAACGAAACAUCAAAGGAAACGAUGAGCGUCAUACGAGAAUAGACAAGAUGUAUCAGAUUCAAGAUGACGAGCAGCUGACGGCUGAAGAUAUUGUUGGAGCUACCAUUGAAGAUGAUCUGGACGGUCAUAGGAAGACCGAUGGACAAGUGUCUCGUCAACAUCAUGGUCGAGAGAAUGAUGAUGUAUCUCGCAGGCAUGAUCAAUUGAACAAACGUGAUCAUUAUGGACGUGAUCGAAGUCGUGGACGUGGUGAGGAGCGAAGCCAGAGAAGCAGGAGAUCGAGGUCAAGAUCGAAAGAACAAAGAUCUGGUCGACGUGAUAGGAAGAGAGAUUCUAGUCGAGAAAGGGAACGGACUGGUGACUGCGUUCAAUCGUCUCGAUCUCAUCGUAGUGAUCGGGAUCGUGACAAUUAUGAUCGACGAGGAAGAGACGAGUGUCCGAGAGAAUUGGAGCUGUAUGGCAUUUACGAUGGUCGUGUGACCAAAGUCAUGGACUUUGGCGUUUUUGUGGAACUGAAUGCAUUCUCACGAGAGAAAAAGGAAGGACUUGUGCACGUAUCGAACUUGUCAGCGAAUCGUGUGCAUAAUGUGAAGGAGUUUGCAAAGCGUGGAGAUCACGUGAAGGUCAAGCUUAUUUCGAUUUCUGGAGAUAAGCUGUCAAUGUCAAUGCGAGAUGUGGACCAAAAGACGGGACAAGACAUGAUGCCUCAACGCUCAAGCGGUGGUGCCGAGCAAGCACGACAAGCGAAUAGGUCGUCCGACUCGCGCUCCUGGAUAAACCCUUCUGCACCUGGUAUGCAGAGAUUGCAACAAUUAGAUGAAGGUGAUGGCAAAACACAACGAGCUGCCAAGCGCAUGUCAUCCCCUGAGCGGUGGGAAGUGCAACAGCUCAUUAACUCAGGUGUCUUAUCAGUUGAAGACUAUCCAACUUUUGACAAAGAGCAUGGACUACUUAACACAGAAAUCACGGAGGAGGACUUUGAGGUGGAGCUAAAUGAGGAUGAACCAGUAUUCCUUCGUGGUCGGACACAGAUGAGUCGUGAGAUAUCACCUGUCAAGAUCGUGAAGAAUCCGGAUGGAUCGAUGCAGCGUGCAGCUAUGACACAGUCUAACUUGGCAAAGGAACGCCGUGAGUUGCGACAGACUCAGGCGAAUCAGCUUAUUGAUUCCAUUCCAAAAGAUCUGAAUCGUCCUUGGGAGGACCCGAUGCCAGAUGCUGGCGAGCGCCAUUUUGCUCAAGAACUGCGUGGUAUAAAUAUGGGUUCAACAUUUGAGCUGCCUGAAUGGAAACAGAAGUCAGUGGGCAAGAAUCUUUCGUAUGGUAUUGUAUCGAACAAAUCCAUAUUGGAGCAGCGGGAAAGUCUUCCUGUCUUCAAACUCAAGCGUCAACUAAUGAAUGCAAUUGCUGAUAAUCAGGUUCUCGUGGUCAUUGGAGAGACUGGCUCCGGCAAAACUACGCAGAUGACACAGUAUAUGGCAGAAAUGGGAUUAACUUCCACUGGUAUAAUUGGAUGUACGCAACCCCGUCGUGUGGCUGCUUCCUCUGUUGCAAAGCGUGUGGCCGAGGAGUUUGGGUGCGAAUUAGGACAAGAAGUCGGUUACUCGAUGCGAUUUGAGGAUGUUACGAGUCCAGAGACAGUGAUUAAGUACAUGACUGAAGGUAUGCUUCUACGUGAGUACCUGGCUGACUCUACGUUGUCCAAGUACAGCGCACUGAUGCUUGAUGAAGCUCAUGAGCGAACGAUUAACACUGAUGUACUAUUUGGUCUGCUAAAAGAUCUUGUACGCAAACGAAAGGACCUGAAAAUUAUUGUAACCUCGGCAACGCUGGAUGCAGAGAAGUUUUCGCGAUAUUUCUUUGAUUGCCCUAUCUUCACAAUUCCAGGACGCACCUUUCCUGUCGAGAUUUUGUAUACAAAGGAGCCAGAGCUUGAUUACUUAGACGCAUCGCUUCUUUGCGUCAUGCAAAUUCAUCUAUCUGAACCAGAAGGAGACAUUUUGCUGUUUUUGACCGGCCAAGAAGAAAUCGACACAGCGUGUGAAGUACUGUAUCAGCGUAUUAAAGCUUUGCAGGAGCGUGCAUUAGCUCCAGAGCUCAUUAUUCUUCCAGUGUACGGUGCACUUCCUUCAGAAAUGCAGUCUCGCAUUUUUGAACCAGCGCCGAAGGGCUCCCGGAAAUGUGUGGUAGCCACCAAUAUUGCAGAAGCAUCGCUAACAAUCGAUGGCAUUUAUUAUGUCGUGGAUCCUGGCUUUUGCAAGCAGAAUGCUUUUAACUCAAAAAUUGGAAUGGAUUCUCUAGUGGUUGUGCCGUGCUCACAGGCUUCGGCUCGUCAACGUGCAGGACGCGCGGGACGCACAGGUCCAGGUAAAUGCUACCGGCUCUACACGGAGAAUGCUUACAAGAACGAAAUGCUGGCAACGACUGUACCUGAGAUUCAGCGUGCAAAUCUCGGAUCGGUUGUAUUACAGUUAAAGGCGAUGAGUAUUAACGAUCUCAUGAAUUUUGAUUUCAUGGACCCACCUCCUCAAGAUGCCCUGGUCAUGGCGCUGGAAAAUUUGUACGCCCUAGGUGCUUUGGAUGACGAAGGAUUGCUAACGCGAUUAGGAAAGAAGAUGGCCGAGUUUCCGGUAGAGCCGAAGAAUGCCAAGGUGUUGCUAACGUCCGUGGUGCUUGGUUGCGCGGAGGAAGUGUUGACAAUUGUGGCCAUGAUGUCAAUGGAGUCCGCCUUUUUUCGGCCAAAGGAAAAACAGGCACAAGCUGACCAGAAGAAGGCUAAGUUUCACCAGCCCGAAGGCGAUCACUUGACGUUGCUGGCAGUGUAUGAGGCUUGGGCGAACUCCAAAUUUUCAAACCCGUGGUGCUACGAAAACUUUAUUCAAGCACGAGCUAUUCGCCGUGCACAAGAUGUCCGCAAACAGCUGCUAUCGAUUCUAGAUCGAUACAAAAUGGACGUUGUUUCUUGUGGCAAAAACUACAACAAAGUUCGACGUGCGAUUGUGGCUGGAUACUUUGCCAACACAGCAAAGAAGGAUCCACAAGAAGGAUACCGCACUAUGGUUGAAGGCCAACUCGUAUAUAUUCACCCGUCGAGUGCAUUGUUCAACAAGAGUCCUGAGUGGGUGCUCUAUCAUGAGCUUGUGCUUACGACAAAGGAGUAUAUGCGCAACAUUAUGACGAUAGAACCCAAGUGGCUUGUUGAGUUGGCACCGGCGUUCUUCAAAAAGGGAGAUCCUACGAAGCUUUCGAAGCGCAAGCGCAAUGAGAAGAUUGAACCGCUGUAUGACCGUUUCAAUCCACCUGAUUCCUGGCGCCUCAGCAAGCGUAGAGGAUAA